AUGAGUCUCACAGGAGAGAAACCACAUCUGUGCUCUGAGUGUGACAAACGCUUUACAUAUAAAUCACAUCUUCUCACACAUCAGAGUAGUCAUACAGAAGAGAAACCUUUUACAUGUUCUGAGUGCAGCAAGUGUUUUUCCCUAAAGUCAUCUCUUGUUAUACAUCAGAGGAUUCACACAGGAGAGAAACCAUUUACAUGUUCUGAGUGCAGCAAAUGCUUUUCCCAAAAGUCAUCUCUUGUUAUACAUCAGAGGAUUCACACAGGAGAGAAACCAUUUACAUGUUCUGAGUGCAGCAAAUGUUUUUCCCAAAAGUCAUCUCUUGUUAUACAUCAGAGGAUUCACACAGGAGAGAAACCAUUUACAUGUUCUGAAUGCAGCCAAUGUUUUCUCUGCAAGUCACAUCUUGUGGAACAUCAGAUGAGUCACACAGGAAAGAGACCAUUUACAUGUUCUGAAUGCAACAAAUGUUUUUCCCAAAAGUCAUCUCUUUUUAUACAUCAUAGGAGUCACACAGGAGAGAAACCAUUUACAUGUUCUGAAUGCAACAAAUGUUUUUCCCGAAAGUUAUCUCUUCUUAUACAUCAGAGGAUUCACACAGGAGAGAAACCAUUUACAUGUUCUGAAUGCAGCAAGUGUUUUACCCAUAAGACUCACUUUGUUAGACAUCUAAAGAUUCACACAGGAGAGAAACCAUUUAAGUGCUCUGAAUGCAGCAAGUGUUUUAUCGAGAAGCAACAUCUUGUUACACAUCAGAGGAUUCACACAGGAGAGAAACCAUUUAAAUGCUCUGAAUGCAGCAAGUGUUUUAUCGAGAAGCAACAUCUUGUUACACAUCAGAGGAGUCACACAGGAGAGAACCCAUUUAAAUGCUCUGAAUGCAGCAAGUGUUUUACAGUGAAGCAACAACUUGUUACACAUCAGAGGAUUCACACAGGAGAGAAACCAUUUACAUGUUCUGAAUGCAGCAAGUGUUUUUCCCAUAAUAAUUACCUUGUUAGACAUCUAAUGAUUCACACAGGAGAGAAACCAUUUAAGUGCUCUGAAUGCAGCAAGUGUUUUAUCGAGAAGCAACAUCUUGUUACACAUCAGAGGAUUCACACUGGAGAGAAACCAUUUAAAUGCUCUGAAUGCAGCAAGUGUUUUACAGAGAAGCAACAACUUGUUAGACAUCGAAGGAUUCACACAGGUGAGAAACCAUUUAAAUGCUUUGAAUGCAGCAAGUGUUUUAUCGAGAAGCAAAAACUUGUUACACAUGAGAGGAUUCACACAGGAGAGAAACCAUUUAAAUGCUUUGAAUGCAGCAAGUGUUUUAGCGAGAAGCAAAAUCUUGUUACACAUCAGAGGAUUCACACAGGAGAGAAACCAUUUAAAUGCUCUGAAUGCAGCAAGUGUUUUACAGUGAAGCAACAACUUGUUAGACAUCUAAGGAUUCACACAGGAGAAAAACCAUUUAAGUGCUCUUAA